AUGGCGUCGAUACGGUCCAUCAUCGAGCAUGCCGUGCUCCCUCCCAAGAUACCAGGGGCAAAGGAAGACAACUACGACGCCAUGUCGAGCGAGUUUCUCAACAGACUCGAGGCAGCGUGUGAGAGGGUGAAAGGUCUAGCGAGUUCGCCGUUCGCAGAUGCCUUUCACUCCUUGAGCGAAUCACUCCGAGCAUGCAGAGCUCUGAACCAAGAAGGACUUGAUAGAGUAACACUACUGGAGCAUUUUCGCACACUUGGAACAAACGACGUUCUCAUUUGUCACGUCGUCGAACAAAACGCUGCGAUCCUCAUCCGACGUGAGAUCGACCACAAACAAGAAUUUGUCGUCUUUGAGUCUUUCGAAACCUCGCCAACCACUGAACAUGUGUUGGCCGCGGAUAAUGCACUCGUCUGGGACUUCCCAGGCCGUGCUGUCCGUUUGAGCGCUGCGGAGUUCAGUGAUGAGGAGCUGCAAAAGAACGUUGCUGAGUUUCUCGAGAAAGCGAGCAGAGAAGCCAUCCACACCGUACAAGCCCAAGCAAGAAAAGCUCAAGUGUCAGUUGUCGAGGCUCGAGAUACUGCUGAUCCGGCUGUGAUAACCCAGCUGUUCAUGAUCGUCCUCGAAGGUAUUGGCGAGUCCGUCAAUGUCCCUAAGCUGAGAAAGAGGGUCAGAGACGAUGUUAACUUCGCGCCAAAUGCUAUACUACCAUGGAGACGACUUCCCUUCUGGCUGGUGUUGCGGGUGGCGACUCAAAGGCAUCUUCACCUUUCCCUUGGCAAAUCGGGGAGAGCAAGCUACAAAUUGUUGAUGUGUGUCUUCUUUUCUCGGCUGCUUCAAGAUGCUUCGGCUGAGCUUUCUCGGCUGAAAAAUCUUGAACCUGAUUUGGUCAUCACACUUCAAGUCAAGCUGUGUCGUCGCAUGGCAAAAGCUGAGAAACAAAAGGCCGGAUUAUCGUCGAGAUACAAGGAGAGUUUCGAAAAUGUCUUCGACAAUAUCGUCCCAGGCAUUGAGGAUUCAAUUCAACAAGCAACCAAAACCGUCCAAAGCCUAUGGGAGAACUUCAAGUCGAAGACGAAAAGACGUAUUCGGGCGCUUCCCGCACAAGCUUCGGAAGACUCCCUCCGAUUAUCACUUCUCAAUAGUGGUAGCCAUCUUAAGAAGCUCUUGGAAAACUACAAAAGCAUUGGACCGGUCUCUGGCACGACUUCUCUGCGUCUUCCCAGUUCCUUGGAUAGACCAAUGCAAGAGAAAAUCGACUUCAAUCAGAGGAUAUAUGCCUUGGAUCAGCUAGAGAUGGGCGUCGAGAAGGAUGUACGAACGAAGCCGACUAGUGAGCGAGAGGCGAAAGAGUUCUGCCAAACGCUUGCGAGAGACAUUCACAACGUGUUCAGCCAAGUAGGCAGUCUCUAUGACGGCGACCCCUUACAACAGAGCAUCAAGAUUCUCACGAUAUUUGAACUCUGGGUACGAAUGGAUGAGUGCGCGAUUGGCGUCUGUCCACUCCUGCGUGGAUAUUGCCCUAUUUUCACACCCGAGCUCUUGGAUGCGCUUCAACUGCCUACUCUGGCUGGCAUGAGCCGACUACAGACCGUCCAACUGUAUAUCGCUACGCGACAGAAAGAUGCCAAGCACGCACAUAUUCUUCGCCCUCUGGCAGCUGACGCCUUUUCCUGUCAGUAUGUUCGCCAAUCAGAAGAAAUGAGGCGGCUGAUGGGUCGCAUCCAAGCCUGUUCAGACGCCGACCGGGCGUCUAAAGAGGCAGCGUGGAAACAAGAGACAAACCAAUACAAAGACUACACUGAGAAGAUUAACAGUUUGAGUUGUCUCUGCACAUGGAAUGGCGGCGUUCGCAAUGUCUCGCAGUGCAAACGAUGCUUAUACUACAGGCGGCGAAAACGCCUAGAGGUCAAAGUUCACGAGGAUUUUCUUCCGGAGGAUGAACUCAAACGACAGUCCAUCGUUUUCGAGUUGGCUAUCCCAUCAUUCUUGUCUGCCUAUCGCAACGCUACAUGGGUGAUUGUUAGAGAUUUGGCACACCCUCAUCGACAGCCCUCGGCUUCGCCUCGAACGAGACUUGAGAAAUGCCCUCCGCUACAACACCACAUGACGGCAAACACCAGCUGCGUGACGUUUGCGUCAGCCAAAAAAUGCUUUACUGAAACGCAUUAUAGUUUCAACAGUGGAUUGGUUCCCUUGGCCAAGAUUCUCUUGCCAUUUGCUGCGGACUUUGAUCUAUAUGAUUCUGAAGCUCGACUCUGGGUGGCAGAUCUCAACAAGCCGUUGACUUUACAUCAUCUGUGCGGCGUGCACAUUCCGUCUGGGCUCUCUAGUACCGUGAUGAGACCUCAAAGCCACCCAGCGCCGGAUGUCGAUGGUCCAUCGUCUUACGAGACUCAAGCCAACAUGACGAGACGUCCUCCUCAUUUGUCGGCGGCCGAAUUUUCCGCUUACCAGAAACUGAUGUCGGGCAAAUCACGCCGGUGGAUCAAUAUUCUUGUUGAGUUGGGGUCCUCAAAUCUCAACUUCAGCAACGAAGACACUGCUUUGAUGCUAUCCCAGCUGGCGUUCCAAGCUGGCCCUCGCUCAAGGGGGGUUCUCCGGUCUAUCCACGCAGUCAUGGAAGAACGGGAGUUUGUGACCAGCUUGGGGGACCAGAUCAAAAAUAAGCUAUCGUCUAUUUGCAGCAACUGGAGGGAAACGAAUUGUAUGGAAUUGCUGAUCAACUUGACUCUGCGGAUGUUCUCGCUGUUGCCUCAAGGCGAAAUGCGCGACCAGUCUAAACACCUACUUGACUCAGCUAGAGCAGCUAUUCUUGAAUGGAUUGCACAGCUACAGAUAGAAUCGAGAAAAGCGGAAGACGGAGCAGUGGCAGGUCGUCUCGCCAGGUUUGGCCUCAAAGCAGCAUUGCUUUGUCGUCGAACUUUUGCAACGCACCUUGAUACUGGAGCAAGUCUGACGUCUUUUGAACUUCUUGCUUGGGUCAAAGCCUCGGUGGCCCUUCAGGAGAACUUGACGACAGACAUCAACAAUAUGCCAAAGUUGUUGAAGAGUAUGAUGAUUCGAGACGCCAAGAUGGCUCAUCGCCUGGAGAACUUGCUCCACGUUGCCAUAGAAACCCACUAUGAAGUUCUUCAGGAUGCCCUUGGACUUACUGGGCAAAGUCCUCCUGAGGCAAAGGUUCACCAAAAGUCUCCUUGGACACAUCUUCCACGCCCAAAUUCGCAUUGGACGGUAUACCAAACCGAAUCAUAUGGAUGCUCGCAGAGUAGCCAAGUGUUUCACUUCAAUAUCCUGGAAGGACACUUUCUGGUCAACGGAAGACCGCGUGGUAGCCUCCCCCAGGAACUGCGCAACGAUCCAUCUGUUCGAGCCCUCUUUGGAGAUCGCAACCUAUUCGUCUACCCUUCGGCCGUCCCGGGUAUGACCCAUAGACUCGCAGAUCUGGUUGAGGGACAUGCUAUUCAUUUCGGCAAAUACAAGUCUCACAUUUCCAUACGAGCGAUUACAAGGGACGGGGACCAGCUUGACUUCAUCAACAGUUCGAUAUUUCGGAGUCCAGACUCUGAUUCUUUCGAUUUACCGGCGAGCCUCUUGGAAGACUGCACACACUGGUUGAAUUCAAUGACCGGGGUGAUCGAGGUGCGCCGACGGCCGUGGGUUCGACAGUGGCAGGAUUGGCACAUUGAUCUUCGAAGCCGCCGUGCAACUCGUGGCGAGAAUAUAAUACUCGUUGAUCCCAGAUCCUAUGAGUUCAGGCAAAUCUCUGAAGUCUUUGAGCAUUUUGAGCAGCCGGAAAACUUGACAGUCAUUCAAUCUCGAAGAGGAAAGCUAGCGGUUCAGCUUCAUCACCUCGACUUGUCAUUCCACGUCAACAAAGCCAGAUCACUUUACAGCCGUGAACUCAAGGCUUCCAUUGACUUCAACCAGGACGUCGGUACAUGGUAUGGGCUUGCCAGUAAGAUUGUGGUACGAGAUGUCAAGGAUAAGACCCGGAGGAGCAUCAUUAUACCCAUUGGAGAGCUGACUUGGAGCCGCAAUAAGCAUGGCAUACAUGUAUUUGUGGGAUUGAAGCGGACUGAAGGAUACUGUCGCUUCGAAAUUGAUGACAUCCUUGGCCGAUUGUCAUCGCCCCCAGAGCGUCGUUUGCUCGUUUUGAAAGCGUUAUGCCAUGCGGCCACGUCGUUCUGCUUGCCAGAUCCUCUAACAGGACGUACCGGUACGGAAGAAGCACUUCAGAUUCUUGGAUCGGGUGCCGCUCAGCCUUGGGACCCAUUAACCUCACCUGACAUGCAAACGCUGGCCAGACUCCUCCCUCGACGGGAGUACUAUCCUCAGGACAUAAAGCGUUUGCAGAGAGUAACAUGGGACCCCUCUCUGACGACAACCAUCCAGAAUGAUGCAUUUGAGCAAUUCGUCAGGUCCAUGGAGGGAAGAGCCACACUCCUGGCGAGAUUUUCCUCUGUCAAUGUGAAACCAGUGAGCUCCGUAGGGAAUCUAUCCCAGCUUCGCCAUCGAGCGCAAAUACGCCGCCAGCUUUAUGAACGACCAGUCCACGAUACAGCAACUUUGAAGCAAACUGAAUACACUUAUCCAGUUCGUGACAAGCGCACGACCCAAAGAAGCGAUAGAGUGUACCUAGUUGUCAAGCUUCUUCGCGCGCCAAACCUACUCUUGAACAUGAACAGCACGCUGGCGAAAGUCCUUGAGUCAUGGACUUCCAUCAACGGCUUCUGCUCCGGCGACUCUUCAUGGAGUAUACAGCCGCUUGCUAUUCAGGUCGAAGAGCCCAUCAGUUCACGCUGGGGAAGCCUGGUCAGCAUGUUCCGUAACACAGAGGAUGCUUUCUUGUGGGCUUUUCAACUGGGUCUAUUGGCUUUCAACCCUCGAGUUGAUAUGGACAUCUUGGUAUCUCUUGUAGGAUUCUGUCGCAUCAAGCAAAUCAGGCAACUGGAACCUCCGCUGCAUGCUACAUUCACGCACUUCAAGGACCGUGGUCCGCCUUCGGCCGACACUCUGGAGGCUUUAAUCUCCCAGGCCUUCGUCCCUUUGCAGAUUCCAAAGGGUAAGAAACAAAGCACUCAAAGUGAGAAAGAGACUCAUCAGGAACGGUGCAAAGAGCAAGGCAAAAUACUCGCGAAGCUCCUAUCAGAUCGGUGGCCCCAUCUUCCACCCGACGCUGGCUUUACUGGCAACUGGGAACCGACAGCCAUCAAUGUUCCUUUGGUUCUGAAGAAUAUCAAGCCGGAGUGGGAUCGCAGAUGCCAUAACGACCAGUUAUGGGCUUAUGUGAACAGGAUUGAUUCGAUUCUGCGUCAACACUCUGGGCGCCGGUUCGAGGAACGACCUCAACGAUGGAUUCAUAGUGUCCCCACAUCCUUUGGAAAGAAAGAUGAACGCACCAUUCCAUCUAUCUCACAAGGCCUCGUCACUAAGCCCUGUCCAAGGCUCGAACGAUUCAAGGUCAGAUCUCUUACCGAGCCAUUUGAGUCAACAAGCUCGCUGCCUGGAAAGGGGAACAGACAGGAGAGAUUGCCAGAAGAAGUCUUCGAACUGGAAGAUAUUCUCACCUCGUUUAGCCGCUCGUCGAAUGAUCUUCGUCGGAGCUAUGGCCAAGAUCUAUUGGGCAGCUUGGCGGCUUUCAAAACCAGCUAUCCCGAACCAUUUGAUGUCGCACGGCGAUCGAAUCCCUCCGCAGAAACUGUUGCGAAUGCAAUUAACGGUAUUCAAUCUAUGGGAGCUUCUUACCGGGAUUGUAUUCAGAAAUCCCUCUGGGCAGCCGACUUGAGCUCCAAGUGGCUUACCAUGGGUAACCUCUUGCCAUGCUCGACAACUGUCGAGAUGCUGGAGCUUUUGCGGUCAAAGGCCAAUCAUCAAUUCGGACCUGGAAUGAAAGAUGCACUCAUUCUCUAUGGCUGCGCAAUAGCAGAACUUCAGCGUCUGCGACGACUACGAACAGCGAUCCUACGAAGAGACCAACGUGGUGUAGAGGAAGAGCUGCGCAACGUUGGCCAUGAGAACUGGGAUCCCGCCGAGGAAAACCCAGACUGGUUGCUCCUGGAGCUGGACAGCAAUAUCCUCAUUCGUGCAGACCAGAUCAACGUUGCGCGAGCCACUCUUAAUCCAGCAUCGGGCGAAAACAGUCUGCUACAACUGAAUAUGGGUAGAGGGAAAACGUCGUGUAUCCUGCCCAUGGCAGCGGCUGUCGUGGCCAAUGGAACCAAUCUUUCUCGUCUUGUGGUUCCAAAGUCACUCAUCAUGCAGACUGCGCAGAUGAUGCAUGCAAGGCUGGGAGGCCUCGUUGGAAGAGCAAUACUUCAUAUACCAUUCUCACGGCAGACCCCAACAUCCGACGACGUCCUACAAGCAUACUGUGAGCUUCACAGAGAGGUUCAAAGUUCACAGGGCUUGAUCUUGACUAGUCAUGAACACAUACUCUCCUACAGAUUGUCCGGGCUACAGCGGCUCGCUGAUAACAAGUUGGCUGAAGCGGAGAAGAUGGUCAACUUCCAGACCUGGUUGGACGCGCACUGCCGUGAUUUGCUUGAUGAAUCCGAUUUCACUCUGUCUCCCAAGACUCAGCUAAACUACCCAAGCGGUGAAGAACUUCCGAUCGAUGGGCAUCCUUUCCGAUGGCAGGUUGCGCAAGGUCUGCUAGCUAUGGUUGCAGAGUACAUGCCACAGCUAGAAGCUGGCUUUCCGGGAAGCAUCGAAGUGGUUGGUCGUUCGUCUUGGUUCCCAUCUGUACAAUUUCUCAGAAGCGACGUUGAAGAUGAGCUUGAUCGGCUCAUAGUUGAAGAUACCGCGAGCGGCAAAGUUCCAUUCCUUCACAUGGACAAGGCGGUGCACAAGUCAGCGCAAAUAGCUAUCAAGCGAGUCCUCACUGAGGAGAGAUGUGAUAACGAUUUGCUUGAUAAAGCCAGUCAGGCUUUCACCCAGCCAAACAACGCGAGGACCAAGCUGCUAGUCAUCCGAGGCCUGAUUGUUCACAAGAUCCUGAUUCUUUGCCUUGGGAAAAGAUGGAAUGUUCAAUAUGGCCUGCAUCCGAACCGCCCUCCCGUCGCAGUUCCCUUCGCAGCCAAAGGUGUCCCAUCCGAGCUAUCAGAAUACGGCCAUCCAGAUGUUGCCAUUCUAUUAACAUGUUUGAGCUUUUAUUCUACUGGCCUAACAUUUGGUCAGUUCCGUGAAGGAUUGAAGCGCAUCCUGACCUCUGAAGAUGCGGCUUUAGAGUACGAGCGAUGGAUUUCCGAGUCCAACCUGCCUCCAGCAUUGGAGUCUUGGAAUCUGAUUAACUUGGAUGAUGAACUUCAGAUGCAGGUUCUUUGGCAGCAUUUGCGGAAGAAUCGAGUCGUGACAAAUCACUACAUGAACAACUUUGUAUUCCCAGAUCAUGCGAGACAAUUUGCUGUCAAGCUUCAGGCUUCAGCGUGGGACGUGCCGCUCAAGUCGUCAGACGCACUACCUGGUGCGCGGACGACGGGCUUCAGCGGCACCAACGACAACAAGUACAUGCUUCCCAUGACGAUUCAGCAAGAAGACCUUCCAGGCUUAGUUCAGACGAAUGCCGAGGUUCUUUCAUAUUUGUUGCAGUGCCGGAAUAGGGGAUACGCGGUGUUGACUGACCGCAAUAACCGGCGCCUCAGUGAAUUCGAAAUGCUCAAGAUGCUCCACCGCCGAGGGAUCAAGGUUCUGAUUGAUGCUGGCGCGUACAUUCUAGAGACAGGAAAUGGACACUUGGCUCGGAUGUGGUUUGACAUUGAUCCCUUGGCCCAGUCAGCUGUUUAUUUUCGCGACGACAACAGGGCCUGGGUGGCUUUUCGAGAUGCAGCAAAACCAGAGAUGCCGCUGUUGGCAACACGACUUGCCAACGAUCUCACCGACUGCUUCGUCUACUUUGAUGAGGCCCAUACGAGAGGCGUGGAUCUGAAGCUGCCGGAGGAUGCACGAGCAGCGCUGACUUUGGCUCUGAAGCAGACAAAAGAUAAUACCAUGCAAGCGGCCAUGCGGCUUCGACAGCUGGGAACAACACAGUCUGUAACAUUCUUUGCUCCUCCCGAGGUCGAUAUAAGCAUCAGAGACAUCCGAACAAGGAUCAAUACUUCCUCGACUAAGCAGGAGAUCCAGUCUCCCGACGUCAUCUUUUGGCUUCUUGAGCAAACAUGCUUGGCAAAUGAAGAUUUGCGGCCGCUCUUUUUGGCCCAGGGGAUGGAUUUUUGCAGGCGUGAGAGCGCAUUGUUACAGUUCCCAAAUUAUUUGACAUCAACGGCAUCCAGAUCCAAGCUGCUCAAGCUUCUACAAGAGCCUGAGCAUCAGACACUUGACCAACUUUACGGAGCUGUUUCGGGCAAUGCAUCUUUGCAAUCAGUUCAGCCACUCCAUUCUCGGAGACUCCAGAAGUUCGCUGAUAAGCUGAGCUCGUAUCAUGACACUGGUAUCGUGCGUGUUGAAACUUUGGGUGAGGUAGAGCAAGAGCGAGCCGUUGAGGUGCAGAUUGAGGCAGUCCGCGAGGUAGAGAAGCCUGUUCACUACCAAGCCCUCAAGUUUCCUGGGCUGAAGUCCAGCAUAUCGCGCUUCUUGAGAACCGGAGUUUUGGACACAAGUGAUGGCGAAACGAUCCAUGCUCUCGAUUACAUCGGCAGGACCAAGGUGGGUAGGAAAUUUGGCAUCCACAGCUCAGGGUCGAGACUCUUUGUUUCACCAGAGUUUUGUCGAAGUAUCGUGCUGCCCAAGUUGACUGAGACCGUUGAAGAUCGCUUCCUGCGCCCUGUAGAAUGGAUCCUAUGGAGUCCGUCCACCCAGACUGCCCUCGUCGUCAUUCCCGAAGAGGUCGAGCUGCUCAUUCCGGAGCUUCGAUCUUCCCCAGAGAAAGCAAAGAUACACUUGAUCGCCUACGCAGCUCCCGUUACCCGAGCUAUGGUCCCUUUCAAUGAGCUGCGAUAUUACUCUUUCCCGCCGAUUCCGGCACAUACGGCGUUUCCGACAUGGCUCAAGGUCGAGCUGGGCAUUCUAGCAGGCCGACUGUAUACAGACUACGAAGAGUGGAAGCUCACGGACGACUACAUCAGAAGGUCACAGGCCGGCAAGCUGACUAGUCCUGCAUUCCUCUUGGAGUGGGUAGGUGUUCGUUGCAGAGCACAUGACGUGCUUCACACGCCAAUCGGGUAUAUAUGCCUUGGAAGAGCAGCGACCGAGUCUCACCCAUUCUUUGUCAGAAGUGAGGCCACGGUCACUCCCCAGCUUCCGGCCGCCGCAGUCGACGAUGACAUCGAGACGCCAGAGAGUGAAGCAAUUGACGGAGAUGUGGCCGACGAGAUUGAGGGCGAAGACCGGGAGAGGAAGUUGCCUUUUGAUGAGUCGAGUGACGAGGAGUCGGGGGAUGAAGACCUGUCGGGAGAUUUCACCGAGGAAACUGAGAGUGAUGAUGACGAGAAAGAAUCGUCUGAUGAAGAAUGA